CCCUUAUAUUUACCCCACCUUAAUAAGACAUGCUUACGGUGCUCAGUUGAAGCUGGAAAAUGAUGUUUGCUAGUGUAUCGUAAACAAUCACAUUUUAGACUUGAAUCAAAAUUAUUCCUGAAAUAUCAACGAACGUCGUAUAUUAAUUAGUACGUGUAUAAUAUUUAACUCAUAUAUAAUGGCUACUGCAUCUUUGGCCAAGAAGAGCGUGAAAGAUCGAUUUUGUCACAAACAAAAAGACAUCAUCAAACUUCGGGAUGAUCUGAGAAAGAUAAGUAUGAACGAAAUUUUUCAGCGCUGUAAAUCACGAAUGCAAAACCAAAGAGAGGAAUUGCUUAAUCUGCGCAGAUUUGGAGUGCAUUCUGACGACGAUGUAGAGGAUAAGAUUAAAGAAAUUUUUUACAACGAAUUGGUGGACGUUACAGAAGAACACGAUGUCCCUGAAGUAGCUGUGAGCGUAAAAAAAAUUAUUAAAAAUGAAGAAGUGGUGAAAACAGAAGACGAGCAAGUCAUAAUUGAUGAAUAUCAUAAAUUCAAAGAAGAAGAGACAUCGACCAUCCUGAAUGAUAUUAGCUGAGUUAGAAUGCAUCUUCUAUAGUUGUUAUCAUUGGGGGAUAAAUUUCAAAUCUGUCAUUUCUUUUUUUUAUUGUUAUAAAAUAAAAAUAUUUUAUCAAUAUGUUAUUUAGAAAACCUCAAAUCAAGUUGUACUCAAAACACUUGUUAUACUUUUCUAAAAACUGUUAUUUCUAACGUUGUUAUUUCAAAUAAAAAAUACUGCAUUUGUUAAAAUAUCAAAUUUAUUAGUGCUGUAAUAAAAUUAAACUUAACUA